AUGUGUAAAGCUGACAACCUCUUCAGAGCCGAGGAUGCCACCUUGUCACGAAUUAUUGAGCGCCUUGAUCGAAUCGAGAAACAUCCCUCAGCCGCACGGGGUGUAUUCAGUUCCUCAUCCGAGGAGGGAGCCAGUGAUCAGCCUCCAGACGAAGCAACAGGCCAUCCAUCAGCUCAGAGCCCAGGAUCCAGGCCACAUACCGACGCCGCAUAUUCUCUGAAUAACGAGGUCUUUGUUUCCGAAGACACCGAAGUGUCCAAUGUUGCGCCACCGACUCCUUGGUUCGGCAGUUCGCUUAACGACCCAGACCUAAGUGAAGAAGACGCCUGGAAGGGCAUGGGAAACACCUCUAUACUUGAGAUGGCUAUCAAACAGGUUCAAGCUCGCAGAAAGGCUGGAGCAAGAAGUGCGCAUCGCAUCGCCACAGAAGGCGUCUCGAUUCCACCAGAACUGGCGAGGACCUGGAUGCAAAAUUACUUUGCGCACAUGUCAGCCGAGCUCUUCUUGACCUUGGUCGAUAGGAGGCUUCUUGAAAUGAUGCCUGACUUGAUCACUAUGCGUCAUGUCCACUUGGAUGCCUGCAUGCUCCUUAUUUACUACGCCAUACUCUGGCAGGGCUGCUUUUUGCCUGGCAAACGCUUGUUCAUAGGCCCCGACCGAAAGUACGCAAGGCAACUUUAUCUCUGUUGUUUGCGCAUCAUACCGAGUUGGCAGAGAGAGUCCGCUGGGAGUGUGACAGACCUCGUAGCUGCCCUGUAUAUGAUGCGAACUGCUGCAGAAAGCUUCGAUUUUGAGACGGCCUUGGAAAUGCACAAUUUGGCAUGUGAAUACGCCGAAGGCCUAGAGAUGCAUAACCUUGACCGAGACAGCAACUCGUCACCCGAUAAGCCCCCUUCAACUGACGAUGACCGCAAAGGCAUGUGGGAGCUGAUCCAAAUGGAUCUCUUUUACAGGUUGAUCUAUAAUAAACCGGCAGCCUUCUCAUCGAGCAUUCAAGAGUGGAGGGUCAAUCUACCAUGGCUUUCUGUCGACUCGCCCCCAGACGACAACGCGCCCGUACCUACUAUGACAUUCAUACUACGAAGCCGACUGGCUUUGAUUCUUGCGUCAUUUUUCCAGUUAUUGGAUGACGAAGAAGACAGAAUAGACACCGUGGAUGCGGUUGAGCCUCUGUGCCAGCAAAUUGAAGACGUAUUUCAAGACUGGAAAUUGCAUGAAUGGAUUCAAGCCUUGAGGAAUGACCAUGUAUAUACGUGGAUCCUGGUUGACCUCGCGCUGGCCGGAUACACAUCCAUCCUCUUUAUGCAACGGAAAGCGAUGGACAUUGAUCUUAGCUCACCUGGCAAUGCUUCAUCCGCUCAACUCAUUCCCCUGACGGAAACAGCAUUACGAGCCUCUCGCCGAAUCUUGGAGCUCAUAUAUCACAUGCUUCACGAGGUGAAGCAGCCUGGACUUGAGACUCUUUCUCUUGUUCUGGGAACUUUCCGAGCUCAUCUUGCAUAUUCAUUCGUCGCAAAUUAUAUUAUCUCCUCUCCGAAUCCUAGAGCGAUGAUGUCGGAUUUUGAGCUGCUGGAACGUGUUGCUGGCUGUGUUGAAACGGUGGUAAAGGAAGAGAAGGAUUUUACACCCUUGGCGCGGGCCCUUGUUUAUGUCCAUACCAAUGUGAAGAAGCUGAGGCUAAGCUAA